AUGCUUAUAUGUGCAGAUCAACAGCAGCUACAUGAACCGAUCCCGGAGUGGCAGCCACCUGCUUCGACACGGGAACAGCAGUGGGCAGAUAUCCACCGUGAAUCUUUCAUCGCAUUACUGGCCCUUGCUGUGGUGGCUGCUGAAGCAGGUUUCGCACCGGCUGCUGUGCCCGUCAGCACCUCAGUUUGGCCCCCGUACGGAGUAUAUGGAAAGGGUUCCCCCGCUGCGUGGCCGUACGCCUAUAAUGGAUGGAACAAUGGCUGGGCCAAAGGAUGGAACAAUGACUGGAACAACGGAUGGAGCAGCUGGAACGAUGGAGCUCAAGUUGUAUACGGUUACCCCAAGACUGCUGCCUGGUCAAACCUUGGACGUAACACCGUAGUAGAGGCCAAUAUCGGUAAGGCAGUCCCAUAUGGGCUGCCAUGGGGAACAUACGGCACUGGAGUUGAUGGCUGGGCUGGUGGAUACGGUGGAUAUUUGACCACUAAACAGGUGGCUGUCGCUCCCCAAUCAGUUCAUGUGGCUGCCGUUCCCGUGGCAGUGAAAAAUUGGUGAUUGCUUGAAUAUGUGACGUUAUUGAGGCCCCUAAUUUCAAAUUUGCUUUUAAUGAACAAUAAAUGAUGUGUUAGGAUUGAAA